GGAAGAUCACCGCAGCAGCGUCGCAGUCUCCAGUCCAAUUCUCCCACCUAGGCGCGGUAUAUUCAAUCACCUCGCGGGCGUCCUCUCAAUUACCGAUUUCUCUUCCGGUCGCCAAUAAAUAAAACCAUGUCCCUCAGCACUCCUCUCCGCCGCACCGCGGCCACCACCUCCCGUGUCCAGACCUCCACCAGCUUCAUCUGUUCGCAAUGCCGACAUGCGUCUCUCCUUCGUCGUCCUAGACGCCCUUACCAAUUCACCCAGCUGAUUACCCUGACCGACGGCAGCACCUUCACCCACCGUACCUCUUCUCCUCUCCCCGUCUACCGCUCGACUCGUGACACGCGCAACACUCUGCUCUGGAACCCUACCUCAAGCAAGCUGAAGAGCGUUGAGGAUGAUGAGGCUGGUCGAUUGGCGGCUUUCAGAGCUAAGUUCGGUCGCAGCUGGGAUGUGAACACGCCUGUGGAGGACUCUUCCAAGACGACGGACAAGUCGGCACAAAGUAAGGAGGCUGCUGCUGCGGAGGCCGCUGCCGCUGCUGAGGAAGAGGACGACAACCUGCUGGAUUUGAUCAGUUCGUUUGGUCAGGAGGAGCAGCAGGCAUCUCAGAAGAAGAAGAAGGAUUGAUCUAAAUGAUUGAUUUGAUUGGGUUGGAUUGAAUUGAAUUGUGCCGGGGUGUAUGUAUGAUGAUAGUGUGGGCGAUUUAUGGACCUUUUAUUCCAGUUUCUUUUAUUUUAUUUCUCUCGAUGGUGUUGUUAUACGAUACAGAUCUUGUUAGGCUUUAUGUACAUUACAUCAUACCAUUUGAAUGGAGUUUCAGCAUCGGUGGUUCAAGACUUUCUUUUUCUGGGGUGUAAUCAUUGCACUUUCUUUGAGUUGAUGUGGAUGAACAAGGUUAAAGUCAUUACUAUACUACAUUGGAGAAGCCA